AUGACCAUAUUUGAUGCUGAGCUCAUGCCCAACCCAAAAGAAUUGUUUGUCCAGCUGUCUACUGUAAACUACUUCACUAAACUUAAAUUAAACAAGGUGUUUUGGCAAAUACCUUUGACCGAAGAGGCCAAAGCUAAGACUGCCUUCUUGACACCCACUGGCCAUUACCAGUUUAAAUACAUGCCGUUUGGUCUUUUCAAUAGUCCCAUGCAAUCUGGUUCAGCGUUUUGUAGUGUUGUUGGCGGUGUUUCAGGUCGUGGUUUUAGUGCACCGAGUUCGCAUUUAGCUUCGUUUGUUGGUAGUGAGUACGACACUUUAUCCGAUACGUCAGAAUAUGUACCUGAUAAUUUGGUUUCACCGGUUAGUAAGCUUAAGGGUGCAAUGAAAGUUUGGAGACAAACAGAUGAUAAUUCCUAUGUUUUGGGCGUCAUUGGUAAUGGGUACAGGUUACCUUUUAUCACGACUCCGCCAUCAGCGAUUUCGCCUAACAAUAAAUCAGCAGUUAAUAAUUCUGAGUUUGUAGUAGAUGAGAUUAACAAGUUGCUUAUUAGGGGUUGUAUAAGGGAAAUUUCACUCCCUCCACAUGGCAUUAACCCUUUAAAGUGGCAUGUAAUCGAGACGCUGUAUGUAAUGCAGCCCCAGUGGCCUUAUAAAAUGGCAAGUAUGUCAGGGACGAAUGGAAAUACGGGCAGCAAGGAUGAACCAAUUGAUAGCAGACAUAGUCCAGCUACCUUAAAUAUAUUGACAAAUAGCACUGAUCAUGAAGAUUUUUCUAAAAGAGCAAUGAUUACAUCAGAAAUCAAUCUUUAUCUCCCCAGCAUGCUGUGCCUUGAUGAAUGCGAAGAAAUUGACUUGAAAUCAACAGAUACGCCAUUAACAGUGCCAACGAUAGCACGCUACAAUGCCGAUUCAGAAUCCAGUGAUCAAGUCCAAGUUAAAACCGCACCAGCGGUUCAUUUUCAGCCUCCUCGUAGAUCCACCUUUUUCGAAGGCAUCUGGGGCUGUCUGAGACCGGUAUGGACUAUCAUCGGAAAAACGGCCGUAGCCGAAAAACUCGCAUCAGAUGAUUGGGAGGUUCCAUUUGAAGACAUCAGUGGAUUGCAAUGGCUUGGCAGUGGGGCACAAGGAGCAGUAUUUCUAGGCUGUUACAAAGGUCAGCAGGUCGCUGUGAAGAAAGUUAAAGACAAAGUAGAAACUGAUAUUAGGCAUCUACGGAAAUUAAACCAUCCUAAUUUAGUGACAAUAAGAGGUGUGUGUACCCAAGCUCCUUGUUACUGCAUUGUGAUGGAUUAUUGCCCGUAUGGUCAGUUGUAUGAGGUUUUACGUGAAGGGCGAGAAAUUCCACCCAAUUUAAUGGUGCAGUGGAGUAAACACAUCGCUACUGGAAUGAACUACUUACACUCUCAUAAAAUUAUACACAGAGAUCUUAAAUCACCCAAUGUACUAGUAUGUAACAGGGAUGUAGUAAAAAUUUCUGAUUUUGGUACAUGUAAAGAAUGGAAUGAAAAGAGCACCAAGAUGUCGUUUGCGGGCACUGUCGCUUGGAUGGCGCCGGAGGUUAUACGCAAUGAACCCUGUUCUGAAAAAGUAGAUGUUUGGUCCUUUGGUGUUGUAUUAUGGGAGUUGCUUACGGGUGAAAUGCCAUAUAAGGAUGUGGAUUCUUCAGCUAUUAUCUGGGGUGUUGGGAGUAAUAGUUUGAAAUUACCGAUACCACGUACCUGUCCGGAAGGGUUCCAGCUGUUGAUGAGACAGUGCUGGCAUGGUAAACCAAAGAAUAGACCUUCAUUUCGUCAAGUAUUAAUGCAUAUUGAUAUAGCCUCAUCAGAUUUCCUUUCAACGCCGCAGGAGUCUUACUUUGAUAAGCAGGUUGACUGGAGAGAAGAGAUUAAAAAUACAUUUGAAAAAAUAAAGAGUGAAGGAUCACAUCUGCAGAGAAUUGAUGAAGAUUUGAUAAGAAAACGACAAGAGGAGCUGAAGAAAGAGCGUCAGAUACAGGCCUAUGCCAAACCUAAAAAGCGUGUGAUUAAACCUAUUAUCAAGGGACAGACAGACAAUAUAGACCUUGUGAAGAAAUCGGUAUCAAGAUCACCGCAGAUAUUAUCAAGGUGCUCAAGUCCAGCUAUUGACAUAAAAAAUGAAACUCUGUCUGCAUCGUCUUCUAGAAGAUCUGUAUCUCCUAUGAAAAUUUCGCCGAGUAGAAUGCGGAAAACACGGUAUAGACGUAGUAGUAGUGGAAGUUAUAGUAGAUCUAAAACUGUGGGACCUGUGAGCCCAAACAAAGAGGCACUCCACAAUGAGUUGUUGUUAAAAACAACUGGAGUGGUUAUGCAAGACAUUGAGAACUUGAAAAAUGUGGAAUUAGGACGACUACGAAAUGAUUCAGAAAGUGACUGUUCUGUAAAAUCUGGGAAAUCUUCACGUAAUGCUCCAGGGAGCGCUGUUAGACAAACUAAAAUACCUUAUGGAAGGCAAAGAAGUGUUGAAACACAGACAAGUGACAAUACAUGUCCAGUGCAUAACUGUACAAACAGUACUCAGGAAUUAUACGAUGAAGUUAAUAGCAAUAACUCGCCAAAAUCAGAACAUUUCUUGAACGGUAAUCAUCACUCAUCCAAUGAAUAUAUUGGAGAGAAAUUGGCACGUUGCCAUAGUGAUGCGAGAAGUCCAAUCCGACGUAAAGGACCCGGGGUUGCUAUGUUACAGUAUCAAAAAACAUCAUCGUCAAAUAAACCCAGGGAAUUGAAGAGACUAAAUUUAAAACCAAAAAAGGAUAUUUGUGGUGAUUGGAGUGACGGUGAUGGUGACGUCAGUGAAAGCAGUGAUAACGAUGAUGUAUUUACUGACAGGAGUGAUGGUCAUGGUAGAAUAUUCACUUCUGCAUUUAGUUCUGAUGGAAAUAGUGACGAUGACAACGAAGAGAACACAAGUGACAGAUCACUAGGGACGACACCAGAAUUAUUGUCAUCCAGUUACACUCCAGAACUAGGUAUUGAAAGCAAUAUUUCUGAUAGCUUCUCAGAUAAAGACAAUCCACAGCAGCCAAAAUCAGGAAGUGAUCUUCCGUCUUCAGACAGCGAGGAAGACUGUUCUGUUGCCACGACAAAUACUGUAGUUUGUGCUUAUCAUAGUAACAAAGAAAAUACAACAACGAACAGAUGAACAGGGUUGGUUUCCAUGACAAUGAUUAUCGGUUACUCAGGUUGUCUACUUGUGUGUUGCAAUAUUGAUUUGAAAAUGGUCAACAUAGAAACAAUUACCAUAGUAACCAUCAGGUACACAGGGUUAGCUGUGAUUGGUGUAUUCUGAUCAUGUGACCAAGCUGAAACAUUUAUAUUAUUGCUGGGUGUAAAUCCAAUUGCUGUCUGUACCGUUGGUAAUCAAGUCCCGAAAUGUCCUACUUAUUGUACUUAAAAUU